AAGAUAUAACCAUGAAGGACUCACUUUAUGAUUAUUUAGAGUUUAUAAAUUAUAUUGAUCUCACACAUAUAUAUGAUACAUUCUCUAUAUUCUUAAAAUCCAGUGAUUUACAUACUGUUUUAAAUGAGCUUUUUGUUAAGAUUGUAUACAAAUCAAAGAAUCUAAAGGAUGUCACUUUAACCGUAUUAGGGUUGAAGAAAGUAUCAUAUGAAGCAGUAAUUAAAACUCUCAAGAGGAAACUAUUAAAACUACUUCACAUUCUACCAAUAGUAUUCAAUGAUGACAUAAUUGAAUCAUACACCACUUCAGAAAUAAUGAUCAGAGAAUUAAUCA